AUAUAGAUUUAUAUAGCGGCGAACUUGCGAAUCGAUAGGGGUUCCAAAGAGAAACCCGUUUUGUAAUUAUUAUUCCCAGUGCGUUGAACAGUUAUUGUUUUUGUUUGUGUCUUAUAAAACGUCGUCAAAAUGAAGUUUUUGUCGCUGGCGGUGACCGCACUGUUGGCCUUUGGCUUAACGCCAUCACCUGGAGCUGCCUUAGGAGCUGAUGAUCUGAUUUAUGGCUACGAGUGCCAGAGAGGCGUCUGUCGCAAGCUGGAGCUGACGGAGAAGAACUUCGCCAAGGCGAUCAGUCUCCCGGUCUGCCGACUCUUCUGUGGCAGCAACAUUGGCACCCUGUGGCCCAAACCCACGGGAGCUGUGCAGCUGGAACCCGUAAUGCGUCAAGUGGACAUUUCCAGCAUUGCAUUCCAAGUGAGUGGCACGGAUAACAAGGACAAGCUGUGGAAGAAGGUGGAGAAGCGGUGGAUGGACCAGCUGAAUGCAAAGAUUCCCAAUCGCAGAAGCCUCACCAAGGGUGGCUAUCGAUUCACCAUCAACAUCCACACCGCUGAAACGGAACUUCCCACCAGACUGGAGCUGGAGACGGAUGAAAGCUAUGUGCUGAACAUUGACUCCAAUGCCGCUGGACAGGUUAAUGCCAACAUUACGGCGGCCAGCUUCUAUGGAGCACGUCAUGGUCUGGAGACGCUAAAUCAGUUGAUUGUCUUUGACGAUAUACGCCGUGAGGUGCAGGUUACGGCAAAUGCCUCUAUCAGCGAUGCUCCCGUCUUCAAGUGGCGUGGCGUCGUCCUGGACACAUCCCGCAACUACUACUCUGUGAAGUCUAUUAAGCGAACCAUUGAUGCCAUGGCCAUGGUCAAGUUGAACACCUUCCACUGGCAUAUCACCGACUCUCACAGCUUCCCCCUGGAGGUGGCCAAUCGUCCGGAGCUGUCCAAGCUGGGUGCCUAUACGCCCAGCAAGGUCUACACCCACCAGGCUGUCCAGGAUGUCGUCGAGUAUGCCCAGGUGCGAGGUAUACGUGUGCUGCCCGAGUUCGACAGUCCCGCCCAUGUGGGUGAGGGAUGGCAGCACAAGAACAUGACCGCCUGCUUCAAUGCCCAGCCCUGGGCGCAGUACUGUGUGGAGCCACCUUGCGGACAACUGGAUCCCUCCAACUCGGACAUGUACAAUGUGCUGCAGGACAUCUUUGGCGACAUGUGGAAGCUGCACAAUCCCGAUGUCUUUCACAUGGGCGGCGAUGAAGUCUCCGUCGCCUGUUGGAACAGCAGCGAGACCAUUCGCAACUGGAUGACGGCACGUGGCUGGGGAUUAACCGAAGCGGACUUUAUGCGCCUGUGGGGACACUAUCAAACGGAGGCACUGAAACGUCUGGACAUUGUAGCCGGCGGAGCAAAAGUGCCCAUUAUUCUGUGGACCAGCCGGUUGACGGAUGAGCCCUACAUUGACGAGUACCUGGAUCCCCAGCGUUAUAUUAUACAAAUCUGGACAAAGGGGGAUGAUCGUGUGAUUCAGAAGAUCUUAAAGCGUGGCUUCCGCAUCAUCGUGUCCAACUACGAUGCUCUCUACUUUGACUGCGGUGGUGCUGGCUGGGUGGAUGGUGGCAACAACUGGUGCUCUCCCUACAUUGGCUGGCAGAAGGUCUACGACAAUAACAUCAGUCAAAUCGGUGGGGAUUACCCCAAUCAUGUGCUGGGCGCGGAGGCAGCCAUCUGGUCGGAGCAGAUUGAUGAGCACACACUGGACAAUCGCUUCUGGCCCAGAGCCAGCGCUUUGGCCGAACGUCUCUGGUCUAAUCCCGUCGAGGGCUGGAAGCAGGCGGAGGCACGCAUGCUGCUGCAUCGGGAACGCCUUGUGGAGAACGGCAUUGGAGCCGAGGCACUGCAGCCUCAGUGGUGUCUGCAGAAUGAGAACGAGUGUCCCGUUGACGCCUACACCUCAUAGCCAGUUGGAUGCACUGCAUCCACAUGAAAUUGUUGUUCAUGUAGAAGAGUCUGGUUGGGUCUUCUACUCGCAUUGUGCCUGCAAUAAAUUAACACUUGAUUCAUU